UGUCACCACCGUGCGUGUCCCUGUGUGUCGGUGUCGGGAUGCUCGGCGGGCUCCGUUGGCGUCGGCGGAGCAUGGAGCGUGGGCAUGAUGCCCCGCUGGCCCCCGCGAGCACCGGCCCCCGGGGACAAGCCCGCACCCCGCGGCUGCUGCUGCUGCUGCCCCUGCUGCUGCCCGCCUCGGUGGUCCAGGGGUCCCCGGACCCUCCCGGGGCAGGGACAGGGGCAGGAGGAGGAGGACUCGGAGGACUCGGGGGCCGCCCCCGGGCCGGGGUCCCGCUGCUCAGCACCUCCUUCGUCCUCAAAGGGGACGCCACCCACAAUCAGGCCAUGGUCCACUGGACGGGACACAACAGCAGCGUGAUUUUGAUCCUUACCAAGUAUUAUCACGCCGAUAUGGGGAAGGUCCUGGAGAGUUCUUUGUGGAGGUCAUCAGACUACGGGACAUCAUAUACCAAACUGAAUCUGCAGCCAGGGAUCGCCGCCGUCAUCGACAAUUUCUAUAUCUGUCCCACGAACAAAAGAAAGAUCAUCCUCGUCAGUUCUUCUCUGAACGAACGGGACCAGAGCCUCUUUCUGAGCACGGAUGAAGGGGCGAGCUUUCAGAAACAGCUCAUCACAUUCUUUGUGGAAACUUUGAUCUUCCAUCCAAAAGAGGAGGAUAAAGUCCUGGCCUUUACCAAGGAGAAUAAGCUUUAUGUAUCCACCGACCUGGGAAAAAAAUGGAGUCUUCUUCAAGAACACGUGACCAAAGACCAUGUGUUUUGGUCGGUGGCUGGGGUGGAUGAAGACCCGGAUUUGGUUCAUUUGGAGAUCGAGGAGCCAAGUGGAGGUUUCCGCUACGUCACCUGUCCGAUUCAGAAUUGCUCCGACAAAACAGUGACCACCACGUUUUCCGACGACAUUGACCACGGAUCCCUAACUGUGCAGGAUGACUACAUAUUCUUUAAGGCGACAUCAGCCAAUCGGACCAAAUACUAUGUAUCUUACCGCCGCAAUGAAUUUGUCUUGAUGAAGUUGCCAAAGUAUACUUUGCCCAAGGAUGUACAGAUCAUCAGUACCGACGAGAGCCAAGUGUUCGUGGCUGUUCAGGAAUGGUAUCAGACGGAGACGUACAAUCUCUACCAGUCGGAUCCCCAGGGCGUCUACUAUGCGAUCGUGCUGGAGGACGUCCGGAGCGCCAAGCAACCCGAGGAGAAUGUGCUGAUCGAUAUUCUCGAGGUCAGAGGUGUGAAAGGAGUUUUUCUGGCCAACCAGAAAAUUGAUGGCAAGGUGACAACGCUGAUCACUUACAACAAAGGCCGGAAUUGGGACCAUCUCAGAGCCCCCCUCACAGACAUGAACGGGAAACCCACCAACUGCAAGCCCCCGGACUGCCACCUACAUCUCCACCUCCGCUGGGCUGAUAAUCCAUACGUGUCUGGAACAGUUCACACCAAGGACACCGCCCCAGGCCUCAUCAUGGGAGCAGGUAACCUGGGUUCUCAACUGGUGGAGUAUAAAGAAGAAAUGUACAUCACCUCUGACUGCGGAAAUAGCUGGAGACAGGUGUUCGAAGAAGAACAUCACAUUCUGUACCUGGACCACGGAGGGGUGAUUGUGGCCAUCAAGGACACCUCUAUCCCCCUGAAAAUACUCAAGUUCAGCGUCGACGAAGGCUACUCGUGGAGCACGCACAAUUUCAGCAGCACCUCGGUCUUUGUGGAUGGACUCCUAAGCGAACCAGGAGAUGAGAACUUAGUCAUGACGGUCUUUGGUCACAUAAGUUUCCGUUCGGACUGGGAGCUGGUCAAAGUGGAUUUCAGACCGACAUUCCCACGGGAGUGCAGUGAAGACGACUAUGAACCUUGGGAUCUCACAAACCUCCAGGGAGAGCAUUGUAUCAUGGGACAGCAGAGGAGUUUUCGGAAGAGAAGAGCAUCUUCCUGGUGUGUCAAGGGGAGAAGCUUCACGUCGGCCUUGACCUCGCGCGUGUGUGAGUGCGGCACCUCUGACUUUCUCUGUGACUACGGAUUUGAACGUUCGGCCUUUUCCAAACCGGAAUCCAGCAAGUGUUUUGCAAACUUUUGGUUUAACCCUGAAUCGCCCCCUGAAGAGUGUGUCUUAGGAGAGGCGUACGCCAGCAGCACAGGCUAUCGCAAGGUGGUGUCCACCGUCUGUGAGGGUGGCGUGGAUUUGCAGCAAAAGGUGGCCCAGCACCAGUGUCCGAUGAUGGCCCCCAGAGGACUCCGGAUUCACAUCAAGGGCGAGGCCUUGGCCGUCAGACCCGGCGAAGACAUCCUAUUUGUCGUCCGGCAGGAGCAGGGAGAUGUGCUCAACACCAAAUACCAGGUGGACCUGGGGGACGGGUUUAAAGCCAUCUACGUGAACUUGACCUUGGCCGGGGAAUCCGUCCGACACCGCUACGACAGAGCCGGCGUCUAUAGGGUCUCCGUCCGAGCCGAGAACGUGGCCGGCCACGAUGAGGCUGUACUCUUCAUCCAAGUCAACUCGCCGCUGCAGGCUCUGUACCUCGAAGCAGUUCCAGUCGUCGGGAGAAACCAAGAAGUGAAUCUCACAGCGGUCCUGCUGCCCCAGAAUGCUAAUUUCACAGUGUACUACUGGUGGCUCGGAGAUAACCUGCAGCCUUUCCUCUCGUUGGAGAGCUUCCUGGUGACCAGCUUCUCGGAGUCCGGGGAGGUCAGAGUGACCGUACAAGCCUCUUGUGGAAACACCAUGCUCCAGGAUUCCAAAAUCAUCAGGGUUUUGGAUCAAUUCCAAGUCCUGCCUCUGACGUUCACCAAACACCUGGACAUGUACAACCCCAACAUCCCAGAGUGGAGAAAAGACAUCGGACAAGUCGUCUCCCGCCUUCUGUCAAAGGUAACGGGUAUUCCCGAAGAAUCUCUGGUGACUGUGGUGAAACCAGGUCUACCCACCACAGCCACCUUGUAUGUGCUCCUCCCACCGCCCUCACCCAAGAGGAAACGGAGUGUGCCCGGUGAUAAGAGAAUUGCAGCCAUCAAGCAAGCUUUGAAUUCGCACAACAUCACUUUUUUCCUGAGAGGAAAAUUCUGGGUCUUGGUCACAUUAAGCAACUCAGAUUCAGCUUCGCAGAGAAGCGGAGGCAGUGGCGGCUACUGGGCUAUCGUGGUUCUCUUUGUCAUCUCUUUUUUCGCUGCUGGUGCGUUCAUCCUCUACAAAUUCAAAAGGAAAGUCCCGGGCCGGACGGUGUAUGCCCAGAUGCACAACGAGAAGGAGCAGGAGAUGACCAGCCCCGUCAGCCCCAGUGAGGACACGCAGAACAUUAUCCAGGGUGAGGAGUUUAUUGAUGAUGAUCUGGACACUCAGACACUAGGGAACGCAAGAGGGGCCUCUUCUGGGAGAGAGGGACGCAUGUCCAGUUCCAGAACUCCCUUAUUGCCGAUGCCAUUCAGUGUCCAGUCUCAGGCAAUCACUCAGGCGUGGUUCUGAGCAUUAACACGAGGGAGAUGCACAACUACCUGGUUAGCUGAUGUCCGUCGCCGGAAACCUGCGCGGAAGAGACUUCUCGAUUUUUUUUUUUUUCUCCCCGGGGAAGUCACUGAAUCUCAAACCUGGCCCUAACUGGCGUGGACGGGAGGUUUCCGAAGACAGCCGAGGAGCGUGUUUUCUACUACCUACCCCGCAAGAAGGAAAGCCCGCUGCCUUUUCUCGUGUGGACUGAGCGUUUGAUGUAACUUAGGAAGCCGAACCUCGGCCCCAGGCCCUCCCCGCUCCAUGUAUUCUAAUUUCUGUGUGUGCUCGUUCUGGGAGUGGUUUUCUUUUUUGUUUGUUUUUCUGAAGCAAGGUGCCCGUCGUGAUCGUCGUGGGUUUUUCCCACGUCUCUCUCCCGCCUGCCAAACUGACUUUGAACCCACUUGGAUUCAACAUCCACCCUGUCUUUCUUGAGAUGGCGGGAGAGGAAGUGUGAAAGUAGGAACCCGUUAGCUCUCUUGGGGAGGGUGCAGAGGGGCCUGUGACCAUGUCUGUAUCCUUCAGCUAGGCCCGGGGACACUCAUUACGGGGUCUCGCCCUUGUCAUUGUAACGGGCCCUCACUGAAACAGAAACAACCCCCUCGUCCCGCCUGGCGAUAGCACCAGUUAUUGCUGUUGGAGGAUUCUGAUCCCCCUGCCCCUCCGCCCAAGUCUUUUUAAACUUCAGAUCGUGUAAAUACCGCUUUAGGUAGUUCUCGGGUAAUUUUUGGAACUCUCACUAUGGCAGGGGGGUCCCCAAUCCCCGGACACCCCACAGUCCUCAGACAGAGGCCUUCACCCAAGGGAGUGGAAUCAAGCGUCCCAGGUCCCAUUGAGGGACGACCCCGCCGUUCAGGGAGACUUGGAGCUCCCCACCAGAUCUGAUCUAAAUUGGGGAUUUGUUCACUUCCCUCCAUGGUCUUUUCCCACCCAGAAGUGGGAUGGUGAUGGUGGAAAGAGGGAGUUGGUGAGGCCUGGGCUACACUUCCUCCUCCUGGCUACCGGUGGGGUGUUUCUACGAGGCAAGACCGUCGUUCAGUUAAUGGAACAGACCCCCGCCCCCGGCUGGCUCUGAAUCUGCCCACACCUCCCUGCGCCUUUGAAAGAGAGGAAGUUUCCACUCGCUUCAAAGGGCCUGACGGUUUAUCCGGGAGUCCAGCUGGCAGACGAGGGGGGUAGUGAACUUUUCACCGUUUGCCUUGUAGCCAUGGCUCCUCUCGGUCACCAAAAUCCAGCUGGUGGCCAUCUUCUCCACGCUGCCUUCUUCAAGAGAGUGUUCUCGAACUCCUUAGGCGUCAGACACCAAGGACGACGAUGCCCGGACAGCAAGUGGCCUCGGAAAAGUUCUAUGCAUCACGUUGGCUCUUACGUAAGUCCAGGGACCCGAUGAAAGUGAGAAAAUUCGUCAUCGUCCACUCCUACCGGUCACCUGCCCCUCUUCUACUCCUCAGCCUUCCUCUCCCGGCUGCUGUUGCCAGUGCCGCCCCAGCCUAGGGGGCCAUCCCUUUAAGCACAAUCCAACGGGAAUGGACAGAAAGAAGCUUCCACACACUGAUAUCUCCCACAGGUUUAGUUCACCUCUGGGAUAUCGAAGGAAUUCCUGGCACUUGGCUCCUCUCAAAGCACUCAGGAAGCCAUCCAUGUGUCAGCUAUGAGAUCUCCCCUGGAUCCCCUUUACGCCCCAGGCAGGAAACCGCAAAGACCCCCACGGUGAUAUCAAGUCUUCCCCGAUAAUAAUAAUAAUG